CAGUAGACAGAUAAGUGCGCGUGAGAGACUGCAGGCAUCUCUGUGAUCUCCGAGCUCAAGGCUCGACAGAGCGCACACAACACUGCGCACUCGGCUGCAUCACAAGCGGAUAGGCACAAGAUCACUGGCGGUGUCCUUUUCGGGCUUUUGGGGCCGUUUCAGCCCUCUUCUCUCCGUGCACUUUAACUGGGGAAGCUCGCCAAGAUGAUGUCCAUGAACAGCAAACAGGCGCACUUCGCCAUGCAUCCUUCGCUACCGGAGCACAAGUACACCACCCUGCAUUCCAGCUCGGAGGCUAUACGGAGAGCCUGUCUACAAACUCCACAGCUGCAAAGCAACAUUUUCGCCAGUUUGGACGAGACGCUUCUGGCCCGGGCCGAGGCUCUGGCGGCAGUGGACAUCGCCGUGUCCCAGGGCAAGACGCACCCGUUCAAACCCGACGCCACGUACCACACCAUGAGCACCGUCCCGUGCUCGUCGACGUCCACGGUGCCACUGGCCCACCAUCACCACCACCAUCAUCACCAUCACCACCAGAACUUGGAACCGCCGGAAUUAAUGGACCACAUCAGCUCGCCCUCUCUCGCCCUCAUGUCCAGCGCGCACGACGGGGCCGGGGGUGGAGGCGGCGGCGGCGGCGGUGGCGGCGGAGGGCUGAUCUCCACCUCCGCCGCACCCACACACGCGCACGCACACUCGCACAUGCACGGCUUGAGCCACCUCUCGCACCAGGCGGCCAUGAGCAUGAACUCGCCUCUCACCCACCACGGCCUCUUACCGGGUCACCACGGGGGAAGCCAAGUCGGCCCCGGGCUGACGGGCGGCGGGCUGCCGUCCAUAAAUGACUCGGACACGGACCCCAGGGAGCUGGAGGCCUUCGCGGAGCGCUUCAAGCAGCGGAGGAUCAAACUGGGGGUGACCCAGGCGGACGUGGGCGGCGCGCUGGCUAAUCUGAAAAUCCCCGGCGUGGGAUCGCUGAGCCAAAGUACAAUUUGUCGAUUCGAGUCGUUGACUCUGUCCCACAACAAUAUGAUCGCGCUCAAACCCAUCCUCCAGGCGUGGCUGGAGGAGGCCGAGGGGGCCCAAAGGGAGAAAAUGAGCAAACCGGAUAUUUUCAACGGAGGGGAAAAGAAACGCAAGAGGACCUCGAUAGCUGCCCCGGAGAAGAGGUCCUUGGAGGCGUACUUCGCCGUGCAGCCGCGACCCUCUUCAGAGAAAAUAGCAGCCAUUGCGGAGAAAUUAGACUUGAAAAAGAACGUGGUGCGAGUGUGGUUUUGCAACCAAAGACAGAAGCAGAAAAGGUUGAAAUUUUCCGCCGCCCACUGAUGCUUGGGGGGGAAAAAAUGAAAAGACACGCAGACUAAAGUUGUUGUGACUGAAUUUGAGGACCAAUGGACAAUUAAAGAGCACCAAUUCAGUCUUUUGUCUCCGGCGAAUUUAUACGCUGGUGCGCAAUGGGCUUCGAUCAUUCUAUAAGAGGCUUCAUAUAUUCAUUAUUUUUUCACGUUAUCGGUGAAUGUGAAGUAUGCAAAAUCAGAUUCCACCCACCUUGCGCCGUUCCUAAGAGGAAAACUUUAGCGACGUCGACGUUGCCUUUUAAAACACGCGGAGAAGGGAAAAUGAUACUAUAGCGAGUUCGUUUCUCCUCACUGGCCUAUUAUUUGAACUAAUAGCCAUUCACAAAUUACCUCAUUGAUUGUCGUAUAUAUUUAAAUUUGGUUUGGCGUCUGUGGUUGUUGUUCUAGAAUAAUCCACAUGACUGUUUAUUUAUUCAUGUCUUUAUUUAUUAUUUCGGGGGCUGCUAUAAGUGAAAUUUCGUUGCAGAGUCUAGAGUGUAGGCCUGCAUGGAAUCCUAAUUCACUGGCAGCAUUUGAUCAUCUGCAGGCUCUCACGUCUGUAUAUCUAUUUAUUUCAAUUUGCACAAAAUACCCUUUAUUUAUAAGAAAUGUCCACAUGGUUUUGUAAAUACAAACAUCACUUUAUCACAAGAUUCAAGUUGUGUUAGAAUUAAAAUGAAAGCGUGGGUCCGUGGACACAUUUGGAUUCACAAUUUAAGGUUAAAAAAGAAGGGAAAUAAAUCCACCUGAGAGCACGAAAAGCCUUGUCUGCUGAUGAAAACUAAACUGAAAUAUAUUUUCUGUGUUUUAGUUUGCAGUGCAAGCACUCUAUGCAUUGGAAGAGCAAUUAUGACUACUCUUUGGUAUACAGUAGAGCUUUCUACCGCUAUAGAACUUGCCUUGUGAUGGUGUAAGUCACUGUUAACUGCCUGUUUUCACAUUAAGAUCACCACGUUGUUUGUCGUGUUAAAUGUGAAGGAAAACGUUGUAAGUACUAUUUUUUAUUUUGUGCACAGGUAUGUUUACAAAGCUGGGUGUCAUGGAAAUGUCUCUUUAACCCGCUGUUCUCACAAAUUGUCCACACACGUUUGCUGUCCCUUUUCUUUCAUUCUGACUUCAAUUGUAUUUCCCAUCCUCUACGCCAAAUUCAACAGGGAGGUGUGUUCCAGCAAUCUUCUAAUAAAUAGAAAAAUUAAAGUUUGCCUUUCUGGUUGUGGAUGUCCCAUAAAUUAAGAAGUUUCCUGUGGUAUUUGAUUAAUUGGUCGAAAUAUUUUCCUUAUGUUUUUUUCUUCCCACCAUAAUAAUCUUUAAGGCCUUCGUUUGCUUUAAAUGAAAAUAAAAUGUAUACAUCUUCACAAACUCAAGCAGUAAUCACGUAUAAUAGAGCAAAUAGUUUACAGUAUAAUAACAUAUAGUGUGAUUAUAGAGGGACUGAGCUUACAAAAAUAUACUCGAUUUUUUUGUUUUUAUAAAGGGGGAAAUAAAGAGCACAUUUUAUGUCAGACUAAAUUUUCGAAUUGUUUCGUAGAUUUAAAAAAUCUUGCAACCCCAACCCCUUUAUACCACACAUACACAUUUUACUUUCCUCUCUGGCUGUUGUAGCAUUUUAGCAUCCAAUGAGCAAAAUUCCUGCAUGGCAGAAAAAAAACCUUUACAAAGGAAACGUGAGUAGCUGUGUAUUAUCUUUUCUUUUUUCAUGUUUUUUUUUUUUUUUAGUAUAGAUUGUCGUAAAGCACAUUAUUUACAAUAAAUGUAAAUAAUAUUUCAAAACACAGCCAAGUGCCGUUUCAAUGAGUUUGUUUCAAUUCCCUCUAUAUACAUUCUGAAAAUUCAUGUCAAAUUUGCAUGUUGUUUGGAACGCUGCAGCUACACGGCAAUAAUUUCAGCACCACGAACAGCUCCGCUGGCGGACUGUGGAGUGAUGCAUUAUUGAAAACCUAUAUCAAACAGCUCUGGGCUGCUGUCUCUCUGC